UGGAUAAAGAGUGAUUCGGAAAAAAUAAGUUUCAACCAGUUUCCCCAAGUGAUUGCCUUGGCGCUUGGAGAACAAGCAAGCUUUGUUCAAACAAGGAAUCACUGUAGAUGAUGGAGUGGUAUGUUUUGGUGUUGACGCUGAGCUUGCCAACCUUGAGUCGGGCAGAUUGCUCAGCGCAGUGUCUGAGAUGCGCGCAACAGAUCUCCGAUCUGAACACUGCAGUCAGCCGCUUGACUUGUAUCUUAGCAUGUGAAGGAGCCGUCCCAUCUAGUACACUAAAAAGAUGUGAGAAGGCUCUACAGGACCUUUCAAAUGAAUUAGCGGACCUCAACGCCGAUGUUGACGGAGAACGAAGCGCGUUAAAGACGGAGGAUCUCCAAGAGCCGGAGGCAUCAAACCUGGUCAAACGAUACGGGGGAUUCAUAAAGAGGAUCGAUAAAAAUAAAAAUAAAUUACUCGCCUCGCCCUGGAAGGAGAACGCCGUACUAAAAGGAUUCUUCGCGAAGAAAUACGGAGAACCGCUCUCGAAACUGGGCGAGAGAGACGUCCCGUCGAUAACCGAAGACGAUGAGGGGGACGAUAUUAUGGAUGAAAAUGAAACGGGAGUUUACGAUAACGACCUUCCUUUAAACGAAGUCAAACGUUACGGAGGUUUCCUCCGUAAAUUUGGUCCAAAGCAACGCGACUUCGUGGAUGACAACAGCCGGCAGGUGUUGCAGAAAAGAUACGGCGGUUUCAUGCGAAGAAUUCGCCCGAAGUUGAGGUGGGACAACCAGAAGCGAUACGGCGGCUUUUUACGUCGUCAUUUUAAAAUUUCAGUGCGCUCUGACGAAGAACCCUCAUCGUACGAGGACUACAGUUUAUAGGUUACUGUAUCAUUGAUAAUUCAAUUACUACUCAUUUCACAGUAUAUUUUCUCCUCACAAAUGUCAUGAUUUCAUACGUGCUGUUCCAAACUGGCUGCUAACCUCUGGAAGCCAUCAAUCACGAAUGACAGUCGUGUGUCAAUCAUGUGUUCAGGACGUUUUAACUGACCAACCACUUGUUGUUUCCCGUUACCCCAGUGUAAACAAAGAAAACACACUGCAGACAAUGCUUGUUUAAAAUGACAAAUAAAGGGCAAGAAC